AUGGAUGAUGAGAAGGAAAACGGAUUAAGGAGACUGAAGGGAAACAUCAUGAGACUGUACAAGAGAGAGGCCGACAUCAAUACCUCCAAUAACGGACGUCAACUAACGAGAAGGGAGAAGGAGACCCUCUCCACCUUACGGAGGAAUGAAGGAAUCGUGGUUAAGCCAUCUGACAAGAGUAAGGGAUUUGUAGUGAUGUCUCGUGACAGUUAUGUACAGAAAGCGAAUGUCAUGUUGGAGUGUCGGGAUAGUUAUGAGCGCUGUGACGUGAAGGUAGAAGACCUUGACAAACACACACGCAAGGAAGUCGCUGAGAUCACCCAACACAAGCUACCACAACCACUCGCCAAAGCCAUUCUCCCACAUAACUCACGACUGAGCCAAUUCUACGGUCUACCCAAAGACCACAAGCCAGGUCUUCCGCUGCGCCCAGUUGUGUCUACGUGCGGUUCGUCAAUGGAUAAUGUCUCCUUGUUACUGGAACGUAUCCUUAAUCAGUUGUUGAAGUUCGUUCCAGCACAUUUGACCAGUACAAAGGAGUGUAUUGACGUGUUGAGUGAUGUUGGUGUUCUUCCCGAUGAUUGUAUCAUUGCCUCACUGGAUGUUGUCUCGUUGUAUUCUAACAUACCAGUUGUCGAGAGCAUUGAUGUCGUCAUGGAGUUCUUGGAGUUGCAUCGGAAGGAAGUAGAUAUGUUUCACCUGUCACUGUCGGAUGUUCGGGAGCUCCUGUCAGUCGUGUUAUCGUCCAACUACUUCGAAUUUUACGGUGUCCAGUACCGGCAGCGGAAAGGCCUGGCAAUGGGCAACCAUCUCGCACCCCCAAUGGCAAUCAUUUUCAUGUCGAAGCUCGAGUCGGAGGCGAUGGCUAUGUUUCCGUGGACGCCUCGCUUGUAUCGUCGCUACAUCGAUGAUUGUCUGGUAGUAUGGUGUCAUGGUCUUGUCAAGUUGAUGGAGUUCGUGCAGUACUUGAGCAGCAGACACCCAGACAUACACUUCACAGUAGAACACACCCAGCAGAAUGUCUCGCACACAGUCAGCUACCUCGACUUGUCUAUCUCUGUGGCGACUGGUGUUGUGCAGUGGGAGUUGUUCGUUAAGCCCAGUCAUAGUGGUGUCCAUCUAUCGUACGAGUCUUCAUUGCCAUUGGGGGUGAAGCGUUCGGUUGCCCAGGAGCAGUUUCGGCGCGCAAAUAGCAACGCGUCAACCGACAGGGGGAGGGAGCGGGGAGAGAAGAAGAUCGAGACAUUACUACGAGAAAAGUAA